CCUCCUUCCUUUCACUUGCCCUUCAUCGACCCAGACAACCCCAUCCCCAUCACCACCACACUCCUCACAACAACACCAUCACCACCACCACCCGAACCCAACAACCCAAAGGCUCACCCCUCUCUUCUCAGAAUCAGGAUCAGACCCAGAAUCAGAACGAGGAAAAGAAUCCCCCAGAAUGACUCGCAAGAAGAAAUCCCAAGCCCGCAAGAUAAUCACCAGGCGCGGAGAUCUUCCCAAGAAACCACCACCCCCGCAACCGCAACCGCUACCACCACGACUACCAGGCCCGAUCCCCUCCAUCGAAACACCCACCGGUCUAGCUCGGGCUCCAGCUCCAGCUCGACCAAACGCGACCAACCCACCCCCGAAAUCCCACUUCGCAUUCUCCUGGUGGCGCAACCCAAUGGGAAGAGAGAUGCUGCGCGGUCAGCUUGCUCACGGCAGUGGUGGCCAUCUUGCCCAAAGCAAUAGCGGUCCGAUUCCUCAAGACCAUCGUGGUUCAACUGCCCAAGGCUAUAGCAACCAGGCUGGUACAGGGACAACUGGCAACGGCAACUACGGCACCGGCUGCAUCGUCAAGCGCGAGGACGGCGGGUAUCACGAAUACGAAUACUUCACUCCAGCCCCAGCGUAUCACACGGGGUAUGUUGGUGGUUUGGGGAGUACUCCGAUGUAUACCAAUGGAUAUGCAGGCGGGUUUGGGACUGGUAUCAUGGGUGAUGGUGGCGGUCGUCAUCAGCUGCGGGGUCUGGGGGCGGGUGUGAAGGAGGAGUUUAAUGGUGUGUCGUAUGGGGGAGAUGUGGGCUACGGGGUGGAAGAUGUCAAAUCGUUCAGGGAGGAGGGCAAGCCGUUCGGGGCAGAUAAUGGGGACGAGUACCGCCAACCGUUCAACGCAGAGUACGAGCACGAGCACGGCAAGGCAUAUGACACCAAUACCAACACCGGGGCAGGGCACGGCGCAGAAGCAGGAUACCACCCGUCUUCCGCGAUGUCUUACGUCUCAGGGCAUGGGCCUGCUGCCUCCUCCGCCAUCCAUAACGCGGGAUAUACUGGGCUCAUGAGCAGAGACGGCGACGGUCCCAGUUACGGCGACGACAAUGACAUCCAACCCAUUGAUCCUCGCCAUCUCGAAGAGACCGACAGCGUGAAGAGCACCACCCCCGAUCUGACUCGCAACUGUGUAUUCUGCGGCAGGAAUGGGCAUUCGACUGGGGCGUGUCCGGAGAGGUGGGGGAAUACUGAUAAUGGUCGUAAUGACUCGAGAGCUGCACGUCAACCAGGGACUGAACGAACCAGAACCACGCGAAACCGGACGCGAACUAUCCAGCGCAAACUACGACAGCACCCAGGGAGGGAGACACAGAAGGAGGUGGAGGAGGAGCGGGAGAAGCUGGAUGCUCUCCUUCGCGAGGCUCAGGAUCUGGAGGAACGUACUUCGCAACUGCUGACUCGAGACGAUCCGCCGGUGGAUUUGGAUGAUGUUCUACGCCGGAUUAUUGAGGAUAUGAAGUGA